UAUUUUUCUGCAAAAAAUCAUCUCCGCAGUCCUCAAAAACAAGAGAGAGAGAGAGGAAAGGGGGAAAAAAAAAAAAAGAAAAGCAAAAGACUUGUAAUCGCAAAUUCUCUGAAUCUAUAUUCUCACACAGAUGGAACAGUCUCUUUCUUCUCUCACAUAUAAAGGUUCCAUACCUGCUGCAAUUGUUGAAGCAAAGAAGCAGAGGAAACUUUUUGUUGUCUACAUUUCAGGAGUCAAUGCUGAGUCAAGUCGUUUGGACAGCUCAACAUGGUCUGAUUCAAAGGUAGCGGAAUCGGUAUUGAAGUAUUGUAUUCUGUUGCAUCUUUCUGAAGGAAGCAAUGAUGCCACACAGUUUUCUGCAAUAUACCCACAAAAAUCCAUUCCUUGUAUAACAGCUGUUGGAUACAAUGGUGUUCAGCUUUGGCAAAAUGAGGGCUUUAUCAGUGCUGAAGUCCUGGCAUCCAGUUUAGAGAAGGUGUGGCUGAGUCUUCAUAUACAGGAUACAACUGCUGCUGUCCUCAGUGCUGCACUUGCUUCGAAGACAUCAGAACCAUCUUCUUCUGGUGUUUCUACUACUGCCUCUUCUGACCAAGGAAGCUCAGACGUUGGUGGUCAAUCACCUUUAACUGACAGAUAUGGUAAAUCGCCAGAUGCUAUAACAGAGGUUAGCCCUGACAAAGUGAAAGAACAUAAGAGUGAUGCAUGCACUGCUGAGGAGAAAAGUUUUGAAUGUGGAGUUAAAACAUCUUCAACGUCAGUUGAUGCCAAUGAAGCCGGAUGUGCUAGCACUGACUUUUCCAUUGAAGCUACCAAAGAGUUACCACGUUCUACUGUAGUGGACCUGGAUAACGUGGCAUUAUUAGAUGGACCUCAUUCCCCAGAAAAAAAUAGUACCGAUAGCAAUUUAGUCGUUUCAGGUGGAGGAUCAAAAACAAUGAACACUGAAGUUAAUCAAGUUGAGCGAGGUGCAAAUAAUGAAGAUGAAGCUGAUAAAAGGGUUAAUAGAGUCAACAAAUCAAAUGAUGUAUACUUAAACAUCCGAAUGCCCGAUGGGGUUAACUUGCAAGAGAAGUUUUCUGUAACGAGCACUUUGAGAAUGGUAAAGGACUAUAUUGAUGAACAUCAUGAAGGUGUCAUUGGCUCAUAUGAUCUUGCCAUUCCUUAUCCGCGCAAUGUAUACAGUGAUCAAGAUUUAAGCAGAACCUUGUCAGAAUUGGGACUGUUUGAUAGACAGGCAUUGAUUGUGGUUCCUCGGCAGCGAACGACUGAUCAAUCAAAUUCAAGAAAUAUUGCUGAUUCCUCAAACGAGAGUAAUGAGGGUUACUUUGCUCGUCUUAAAAGAUUGUUUUCUUUCAUAAAUCCUCUCUCCUAUCUUGGUGGUGAUGGUUCUAGCUCAACAAGUUCUGGACAACAAUCUCAACAUGGUCCAAACUCUACGCUUCAAAACAACUUCACCCAAGAACAGAGGCCUCAAAACAUUUCUUCAAGCAGCGGAAAUGAUGGUAAAAACAGGCGGCCAACGGCAUCUCAUUUCGGAAGCAAUAUUCACACGUUGAAGCAUGACGAAGACGAUGGGCGAUUCAACGACAGAAAUUCCUUCUGGAAUGGUAAUUCUACCCAAUAUGGUGGUAAUGACGAUGGAAAAUAAUAAAUUCUGAUGUAGUCUUCUGUGAGAAGCCUUUGAUCUUCAUAUGUUACGGCCUGCCUGCUUGCUUGUGUGCCAAAUGAGACGGAAGUUGAGAGUUAAAAGAGAGAAUUAUAAAUUAUUAAAUACCAAUAAAAUAAAAAGUGUAUAAAUGUUAUUAUUGCUGCUCCUCUCUUGUUUGUUUCUUCUGGUUGGUAAUUGACAAUAAGCGUGGCCUUUUUAUUUU